AUGGCGGUUAGUCGCGUACCAUCACCGCCUUUACCAGAAGUUAACACACCAGUUGCUGAAAACUGGUGUUACACACAAGUGAAAGUUGUAAAAUUUAGUUACAUGUGGACAAUAAAUAACUUUAGUUUUUGUCGCGAAGAAAUGGGUGAGGUACUAAAGUCAUCUACUUUUUCUGCCGGUGCUAAUGACAAGUUAAAAUGGUGUUUACGUGUAAAUCCGAAAGGUUUGGAUGAAGAAAGCAAGGAUUACCUAUCUUUAUAUUUAUUAUUAGUAUCUUGUAACAAAUCAGAAGUUAGAGCCAAAUUUAAAUUCUCGAUAUUAAAUGCUAAGAGAGAGGAAACGAAAGCUAUGGAAUCGCAGAGGGCAUACCGGUUUGUGCAAGGCAAAGAUUGGGGCUUUAAAAAAUUCAUUCGGCGAGAUUUUCUUUUAGAUGAAGCAAAUGGCCUAUUACCGGAAGAUAAACUAACAAUAUUUUGCGAAGUUAGCGUUGUAGCUGAUAGUGUGAAUAUAUCUGGCCAAUCUAAUAUUGUUCAAUUUAAAGUGCCCGAAUGUAAAUUAUCCGAAGACUUAGGCAAUCUUUUUGAUAAUGAAAAAUUUAGUGAUGUUACGUUAGCUGUUGGCGGUCGCGAAUUUCAAGCACAUAAAGCAAUAUUAGCAGCUCGUAGCGAAGUAUUUGCUGCCAUGUUCGAACAUGAAAUGGAAGAAAGAAAAUUGAAUCGUGUCGCCAUAACAGAUGUUGAGCAUGAAGUUUUAAAGGAAAUGUUACGUUUUAUAUAUACUGGCAAGGCGCCAAAUUUAGAUAAAAUGGCUGAUGAUCUCUUAGCAGCUGCUGACAAGUACGCACUUGAAAAACUGAAAGUGAUGUGCGAAGAGGCGCUGUGCGUUAAUUUAUCCGUUGAAACAGCUGCUGACACACUAAUAUUAGCCGAUCUCCAUAGUGCGGAUCAACUGAAAGCACAAACUAUAGAUUUCAUAAAUACUCACGCCACUGAUGUGAUGGAAACCGCCGGCUGGCAAAAUAUGAUAACAACACAUUCGCACUUAAUUGCGGAGGCGUUUCGAGCGCUCGCAACGCAACAAAUCCCACCAAUUGGACCACCAAGAAAACGUGUUAAAUUGAGCUGAAACAUUAGCAACAUUAAUAUGCAUAAUUAUUUUAAUAUUUAUAAUUGUAAUAAUAACUAUCACCACAAAAAAUGUAAUAACAAGUUUAGUAACAAGAAACUGUACUUCUCAAAAUUUUGCAAAAUAAUUAAAAGAAGAUUUUUUAUAAAUUUAUUAAACAAUAAGAAUUUUAAAAGCCGCAACAAACCCAACUUUCAAAUGAAUGGAAAUGACCGAACAACUUUGUUGAUAAAUUUAUUACGUACCCCAAUUGUGACAAAUGUAGCAACAAUAAUUAUAAACAUUUAAUAACAGUACUGUAAUUAACAUAUUUAUAGAACGCCAAUUAAUAUCGAGAGCAACACAACAAUAACAAUUUUUAUGACAAAGAGAAGAGAGAGGGUACACACAUCAAAUGAAAAUAAUUCAGUUAAUAUUAUAUUCUAUCCUAAAUCAGUUAUGUAUUAUAACGUAUGUAUUUCUAAUAAUGUUAGGAGAUGACAAUGCGAAACAAUUAUUAUUUUUAGAAUUACUGACUUCUUUGUUUUAUAUUUACUAAUAUUAUUCUUUAUAGUAAACCCCGUGAUCUUAAAGUAAAGCAUAUUACCAAUGUUAAAUUUUAACUCAUAAUUAAUUUAAAAGUGCAGACUCUUUGUUAUUGUUUUUGUUGUUUUAAGCCAUAUUAUAAAAUAUAAGUUCAAUGCAAUUAAAUUCAUAAUAAAGUAUUUAAAAUAACAUUUUAUUUUCAUUUGUGUUACAAGUACGUUUGCUUAAAUGCCUGUUUACUCUUAUUAUUAUUAUUUUUAUUUUUAUUUUUUAAACAAAUUUAUAUAUCAGCAAAAAGUUUGUAGCAAAUAAAAAUAAAAUGGUUAAAAAUUUAUAUUCUAUAU